AUGACUGAACAGGUAAAUGCGUACAUGGUAUGGGGAUGCUGCGUUGGCGAAUUGGAGAAUGAAAACUACUUUAGCUCUAUCUCAUGUAAUAAAGCUUUCCAUCAUGCUUGCACUAACUGUGAAGCAGCGCUACGUAAUUCAACAAAUUGGACUUGCCCAACCUGCUCCGGCAAAAGUCCUAAGCCACCUAGAGACGACAACGCCCCAGUCCGUUUUAACUCUAAUGUUACCGUGAGAGGAGCAAGAAGGCAAGCAUUAAGCUCGCUCCCUACUACUAGCUGUAAUUCAUUGAAUACUGAUGACGUUCGAGACAUUGUUCAAGAUGUUAUACAGAAUGAGUUAAGCACACUUUUAACGAAACUUAAUGUCACCAUAACAGCUUUAGUCGGUGAGGAAUUAUGA